CGACUGGAGGCCCGGCGCAGGGGCGGAGUUUCCGGCGGCAGCGCCACUCGGGCGUCGGGUGACGCUAGGCGGACGGGGCAUCACGUGACACGGAAGUAGCUCCGAACAGGAAGAGGACGAAAAAAAUAACCGUCCGCGACGCCCAGACAAACCGGACCCGCAACCACCAUGAACAGCAAAGGUCAAUAUCCAACACAGCCAACCUACCCUGUGCAGCCUCCUGGGAAUCCAGUAUACCCUCAGACCUUGCAUCUUCCUCAGGCUCCACCCUAUACUGAUGCUCCACCUGCCUACUCAGAGCUCUAUCGUCCGAGCUUUGUGCACCCAGGGGCUGCCACAGUCCCCACCAUGUCAGCCGCAUUUCCUGGAGCCUCUCUGUAUCUUCCCAUGGCCCAGUCUGUGGCUGUUGGGCCUUUAGGUUCCACAAUCCCCAUGGCUUAUUAUCCAGUCGGUCCCAUCUAUCCACCUGGCUCCACAGUGCUGGUGGAAGGAGGGUAUGAUGCAGGUGCCAGAUUUGGAGCUGGGGCUACUGCUGGCAACAUUCCUCCUCCACCUCCUGGAUGCCCUCCCAAUGCUGCUCAGCUUGCAGUCAUGCAGGGAGCCAACGUCCUCGUAACUCAGCGGAAGGGGAACUUCUUCAUGGGUGGUUCAGAUGGUGGCUACACCAUCUGGUGAGGAACCAAGGCCACCUUUGUGCCGGGAAAGACAUCACAUACCUUCAGCACUUCUCACAAUGUAACUGCUUUAGUCAUAUUAACCUGAAGUUGCAGUUUAGACACAUGUUGUUGGGGUGUCUUUCUGGUGCCCAAACUUUCAGGCACUUUUCAGAUUUCAUAAGGAACCAUGUAAUGGUAGCAGUGCCUCCCUAAAGCAUUUUGAGGUAGGGGAGGUAUCCACUCAUAAAAUGAAUGUGGGUGAAGCCACCCUAAGGAUGUUCCUUUAAUUUCUCUGGAGUAAUACUGUACCAUACUGGUCUUUGCUUUUAGUAAUAAAACAUCAAAUUAGGUUUGGAGGGAACUUUGAUCUUCCUAAGAAUUAAAGUUGCCAAAUUAUUCUGAUUGGUCUUUAAUCUCCUUUAAGUCUUUGAUUUAUAUUACUUGUUAUAAAUGGAACGCAUUAGUUGUCUGCCUUUUCCUUUCCAUCCCUUGCCCCACCCAUCCCAUCUCCAACCCUAGUCUUCCAUUUCCUCCCGCCAGUCUCCAUUGAAUCAAUGGUGCAGGACAGAAAGCCAGUCAGACUAAUUUCCUUCUUUCCUCGCACUUCUCCCCACUCGUCAUCUUUUAACUAGUGUUUCACAAGGAUCCUCUGAAACCCUCUCUGUGCCCCAAGCACAGAUCCCAUUACUUCUGCUUUCGUAUCUCCUCAGGCAAAAGUGGAGGGUGCCUUAUGGGCCCUCCUCAUAGGUUGUCUCUGCAUACACGAACCUAACCCAAAUUUGCUUUGGUGCCAGAAAAACUGAGCUAUGUUUGAACAAAGAUAUCGUGCAAACUGUACUGUGAACAACAGUUGGUUUAAAAUAUGAGGGGCAAGGAGGAGGAUGCAUUUCAAAAGCUUGAUUGAUGUAUUUAGAGCUAAAUUAAGAGGAGUUUUCAGAUCAAAAAUUGGUUACCAUUUUUUGUCAGAGUGUCUGAUGCAGCCACUCAUUCAGCUCCCCAGAAUUCCUAGACUGGGUUAAUAGGGUCAUAUUGUGAAUGUCUCACUACAAAAUGACUUGAGUCCCGUGAAAUCUCAUUAGGGUUUAAGAAUAUUUCAGGGAUCCUUAAUGUUUUGAUUUUUGUUUUCUGAAAUUGGAUUUUAUUUUAUUUUAUCUUAUAAUUUCAGUUCAUCUAAAUUGUGUGUUCUGUACAUGUGAUGUUUGACUGUACCAUUGACUGUUAUGGAAGUUCAGCGUUGUAUGUCUCUCUCUACACUGUGGUGCACUUAACUUGUGGAAUUUUUAUACUAAAAAUGUAGAAUAAAGACUAUUUUGAAGAUUUGAAUAAAGUGAUGAAGUUGCAUUACA